CAGGAACUAUUCAAAAUUUGGAAGAUGUCUAUUUCACAGUUUGCGAUUACUAUAUUGAUUACGAUUGGUAAAAGUCACGUAUCUGCUCGCGAGGUAAAGUAGAGAAACGCAGUGAAGGGACAGAAAUAAGGUUACGAAAUUCAGAGUCAUGUCGAAAAAGGUAUACGAUUGCUCGCCGGAGCAACGCGAAAUCGCAUUGUGGAGAGAUGCGAAACGGAAGCAGUUACGCGAAUUGUAUCUAAAAGAUUCAGGACACCCGACUAAAAGUCUUCUCUUUGAUACAGGAAUAUAUAAAUAUGCUGCUUCGAAAGCAUCGAUAGAGCAGCACUUUGUACCUACAUUGAUACGAUACGUGUCGCGAGUUGGAAUGGUUGCAUCUCUUAUUAUUGUAACUGCAGUGACAUUAAAAAAUAGAAAGGAUAAAAAAGAACACUUGUAUCGUACUGGACAAAUUGAUUAUGCAAGCAGAUCACAUAGAUUCUGUUAGAUGAUUAUUUUAAUAAAGUACAUGCAGUUGAUGUAUCUAACUUAACACUAGAUGAUAUAAAAUAAACUUAUAAGAAAUAUAUACAUA